AUGCACACUUCAAGUCUCUCGAGCACAAAAACGAUGUCAUUCGUGUACAGGUGAUAGUGCAAUGUUAACAAUUUUGAUUAUUGUAAAUAAAAUCUAAUCAUGUAGUUAUAAAAGAUAAAUAAUGUAAUUAAAAUGUUUAUAAAGACAACAAAAUUAAUAUGUGAUAAAUUAAUUCCACGUGAUUUCUGCAAGAAUAUAGCAAUUUAUAAUUUUGUGAUCGUAAUUAGGACAAGUGUUAUGCACAUUUGAAAGGCGAUAUUAAAAUGCCUUAACGCGUAGUUGUAAAAGUGAUUUAAUUAUAAUGUGAACAUAAAUAAUGACAUGUACACAUACACGGCGAAAAAAUAUGUGAAAUUAUACAUUGUAUAGCGCUCAACAAUAUCUUCGACAAUAUGAAUAUUUAAGUGCCUUUGACGUAUGUAGUUAAAAUAAAUUAAUUUAGUAACGUGGCCAGUCUCUACGCGUCAGUGUAUUAAUAUAUUUAAGUAAAGAUAAUAAUUAGAUUUAACAAACUAACAAUAAAAAUCUGUCUCGAGAGCUAAUAUAUGCAAAACAGCUGAGCACAUACACAGAUAUAUUUUGUAGUAAAUAUUUACAUAACGAGAUAACGUGCACCAGCAAAUCAGAUUCGGGACAUACUGUGAUAAAUUUUAAUAAAUAAAUAUCUUUAUUAGUGCAAUAUUAAACAUAAAUAUUUUUAGAAGAUCUUGAAGAAAUUUUCUUAUAAAUUACUUUUGAACAUGUGAUACUACUAAUUAGUUAGGAUUACUUCAACUUGCGGGAUAGAAGCUAUAUUCAUGGUUUACAUGGAUGGCCUGGUAUUGGAUCCCCUGCCUGCUAAAGAGGCAGAGGAAGCCCCCGUUCAAGUUGAACCGGUAGACUUAAGUGUUAAAGUUCGCAGAACUAAUUUACGAUCUCCACCACCUUUACUAGCUGCGCCAAUUAAGCACAAACGCAGCAAUGAUGCGCUCUGCUUGUCUACUAAAUCCAUUGCAGUUGUGCAUAAGCGAUUACUCGAUUUACAAAACAAUAAACAAUUAUCAUCAGUACAAGAACUUCGGAAAUUUCGGGUAAAUAACAACGACAUAAAAGUUGAAUCAGUGGAUAAUCAGAAGGAACUUCCUGAAAAUAUCAGGUCUGACUUCACUAAAUCAACUCAGAAACUGUCACGAAUCUGUGAUAAUAUUAGUGACAAGCAACAUUUUAAGGAAAUAGUAGAUGAUAAUCAAUAUUUAAACAAAGACAAAACACGACUAGAUAAUCCGCCACAAAAUGAGGAUAAGAACGAACUUACGAGAGUUUACUCAAAUCAUCCUUUUACAGAAAAGUAUGCAAAAACUUUUAAGGAGCCUUGUGAACCUAUCUUGCCAAAUGAUACAAUAAAGUUCAGGCCGUACAGAAACGAUGUAGAUGGCAAAGGAAAUGUUGUAUUUUCACAAGUACCUGAACUUUUUCUGCAUCCAGGAUUUGCAUCGUCAAAAAAUGUCAAAUGCGAUUUAGAUUUUUCCAAAUAUUCGAACGAUUUACCCCAAGCUUCUGAUCUUAGUUUUUCGCAUAAAAAACUUUCAAACUCUAAAAUAAACGUUGAAACUUUAACUGAUCUCUCACUAAAUGUACGAAAAAUUAAACAGAUGGUUGUUGAAAGUGAUAAAGAACCAUCCAAGUCUAAUGUUAAUUCAGUAGAUUGUAGUUCUGUGACUUAUCGGCCUUAUGAUAAGUCACAACAAGUUGCUCAACUUUCGAAGUUGACAGAUGAAUUUAAACAGGGUCUUGACACAAACGCUAGUAAUUCUCACAAAAAUUUAAUGCAAAAUUCAUUGUUGGCUAAAUUGGACUACGCUCAAAUAGCCACCGAACCAAAUUUAGCAUCGUUGUCUCAAAAUUUGAAUCCGAUCUGCAGCCGAGCCACAUUCUCGUAUAAAAUUAUGGCACAAAGCACCAAUUUGAGAACACUUUCUGUAGAUUCUGACAACAGUGCAUCCAUGAUCAACUCACAAAACUCGGAACAAGUUCUUCAAUUUGGACAAAAUGCUGGCAAAAUAAUCAAAACCAGUUUGAAGGAUCAACCACAUCUUGAAGAAGUCAAUGAUAAAGAAUUGAAAUUAGUGAAUUUGGAAAAACAAAAUCUGCUUAAUUUUGUAAAUAAUAACAAUAAUAAUAUUAACAAUGGAAUAAAGCUAAGAAAGGCUCACAAAUGCGAUGUCGAAGGUUGCGAUAAGGUCUACACCAAGAGUUCGCACCUGAAAGCUCAUAAACGGACACAUACAGGUGAAAAACCUUAUGUAUGUACCUGGGCGGGAUGCGGGUGGAGGUUUGCCAGGUCAGAUGAAUUGACGAGACAUCAUCGCAAGCAUACUGGCCUGAAACCAUUUGCCUGCAGGCUGUGCCAGAGGAGGUUUAGUAGAUCCGACCAUUUGUCUCUUCAUAUGCGAAGACAUUGAAAUUUUAUUAGAGCAAAGUAACAAAUAUUGAAUUAGAUUGAAAAAAUACUAACUAACGGGGAAAUUCCAAAAAUGGAAAAGUUUAAUUAGUAUCAAAACAGGGCGGUUGAUUUUUUUUAUUUCAAAUAUAAUAAGUUUUUGUUAACGUUUUCAAGAACAGUAAAUGACUUUAAUAUAAUAGUUCAUUUCAGAGCAAAAGAAGACAACAGAUUAUUUAACUGCAAACCUGAAAAUUCAAUUGAAGCCAUCUAAUAAGGAGAACCUCAGGUUACUCUUCUGGGAUUUUGAUGAAACUUUGCAUGGUGAUAAGGUUGAUAGUCAAACAGAACAGAUUUAAAAAUUAUUGUUAUAUGAGAAGUGGAUUAAUUAUAAAAAAUAAUCAAAGUUUUGUAAAAUAGAAUAAAUGAAUUUAUAUGUCUCGGUAGCUCAAUCGGUUCAACCGCUUGCUUGUACUUGUUGCUCUCGGAUUCAUAGAUAAGAGAGUUAAGGGGCACAACUAGUGUAACCGCCUUAAAAAAAGGUGGUUUUUGGGAAUUUAUAUUAAGAAAACUACUUUAUCAAUCAUUUCAAAAUUUUAGGAAU